GUGCGGCUCCGUAUCAGGAGCUCGCGGGGAAACAGGGAAGCUUGGGGGAAAGUCUUCAGACGAAGCUCGGCUUCAGAGCGAGUUUCCACCGGAGACUGGAUGCGGAUAAAACGGAGAACAGCUCCCGGGUUCAGAGGCAGAGUCUCUAUCCGCUCCUGGAAGCCGUUCGGAGCUGGAAAGUUCUCGGUGUUUAGGUGAACUUGUCCCCGCUGGACGCUGUGUUUAGGCUGCAGGUUAUCGACGGAGGAACCGGAGAAGAAGAAGAAGAAGGGAGGGGAGAUGGGAAUGCGGUUUCUCUGCUAAACAGGGGCUCCCUUUUUUAUUCAGACACUGAAACCUCCAAAAAACAAUUUAAGAGGCAUAAAGCGUCAUGGCAGAGGCUCGGGCAGAAGAAGAGGAGGAAAACCUGAGGAGGGACACGCGAGAGCAAGUGGUCCGCAGACAGCCGAGCAGCUCCGGAGGUCGGCCUGACAGACGUAAGCCAGAGCAUCGCCACAGCCAGGGUCCUCUCUCCUCCAUCAGAGCCGUCAUCAAGAGAACAUCAAGGUCCACCUCUGUCUUAGAGACGCCCAGAGACAGAGAAAGAGACAGGAGGCGACCAGAGAUCACCAUCUUGGCUGCGGAGCCACUUCCCUCUACAUCCUGGUUCUCAGGAGCUGUUGGAGGAAUCCCUCCUCCUCCUCCUCCACCGGCGCAGAUCUGGGGACCCACUAUCGCUCCGGUUCUUCAGCCUCCUCCUUCCUACGAGGAGGUGAUAAGAGAGAAAACACAGGAGCAGGUUCUCCUUCCUCCUGCCUCCAACUCACCGCCUGUUUCUAGAACGACCAUCGCCACACAGACCGAUCCAGGACCUGCUCCCAAUCCUCGCGAAAGAAGAUCAGGGAGACCGCCCCGCCCUCCUCCCCCCUGCACCAUCAGAUCAUCGGAUACAGAUGACCUCAACAUCACCUCCAGCCAAUCAGCUGUUAGCUCCUCUGAGACAAACAGCGUCACCUCAAACACACAUCCUCUGCCUGUAACACACUCCUCCACACACACACAAUGCUCCACCUCCCUCAGUGAGCAGCAGUUAUCUUCACUACUGACCUGUGGGAGUCAAACCCACCAGUGGGACCAGAGUUUACCUGCUGAGGAACUGGCUCCUCCUCCUGACGCGUCCACACAUGUCCCAUUGGAGCGCCCCAGGCCACGUCCUCGUACUAGGCUAGGUCGCCAGCCGGCCAACGAGGUUAAAGUCCAGACUUUGGUUAAACUGCGUGAGGACGGUUUGGCCACCUUAGCGGCCCGGGCAGCCGGCGGACGCACAAACCCAGAGGGGAACCAGGGGCCGUAUCUGCAGGAGCUGCUGGAGGCGUUCAGCUCAGACGACUGGGGAUUCCCUGACCCCCACAGCGAGGACAGCCAAUCAGAGAGCGGGGAGGAGGACGGCGAGGACAUGGCGACUCUGAGAGCGAGGAUUCAGGCGUUCGAGCAGCAAGUGGCCGAUGGGGGCUGUGGAGACACUGCAGGUGUCCAUACGGUGACUACUGAGGGUUCAGUCGCUACAAGACCCGAGCCUCGCCCACGGCCUCGUCUCCUGGGGCAACAGGCCAAAUCAAUCCCACCUGCCAUCGCUCCAAAACCCAAAAACCUUCCAGCUGCUCCCAAACCCUCCAGCAGGGCAUUCUGGGAAGAUGGAGGAGCUGCAGGGGAAUCAGGAAAGCCAGGAACACCUGAAGUCUGCCCUGUGGAAUCUCACCCUGAAACCCAAACUACUGCAGAACCGUCAUCAACCAGAACCACACAGUCUGACCUGGGAUCAGAACUAAAGCCCUCCAUCACAGCCAAACCACAGAAUGUUACAGACCCUCUCCCAUCAGGGACGCCUGUCCCCGCCCCACGGCCACCUCCGCCCAAACUAACGCACACCAUCAGCGCCGGUUCCUCCCCACCGAAUCCCAGGGCGCCACGCAGGCCCCCGGUGGCCCCCAGAGCCAGCCUGGGAGCCUCACAGCAGGAAAAGAGCUCUGAAGAGGUCGGAGGUGAAGCUGUGACCCAAACAGGUAACAUUUUACACUUACCGACUGCAGUCUUCGGCAUCCAGAAAGAAGCACAGCCCUCUGCAGGUGAAAAUGUGGAAAGCACUCUAGAUGCUUCCCUGCCAAAUGCUGAAACAUCCCCAGCCGGCUCCUCCCGCCCCCCUCCGGCUUCCACACCUUCUCCAGCGUCGUCUGUCGUUGCUAAACCUGCCGAAUGGCACCACUGCUGCUUCAACCACGUCUGCCUAUUCAACCCAGGGGGCGACCACCCUCACAGCUUCAUCAUCAUCGUCCUCUUCCUCCCCUGA